AUGAAGCUGAAGAAAACUAGUAAACGGCAGGAACUGUCCCAUAAAUAUAACAUACAACACAAAAUAAGUGCGCACAAAAAGAAGAUUCGGAAGUUGGCCAAAAAAAUCAAGACGCCUGGACGUAAGAAGAAAGUUGCGGAGAUCCCUAAUUGUAUAUUCAAAGAAGAGAUACUCAGGAAGGUCGAACGCAUCAAGGAAAUCAAGCAAAAGGAGAAACUAAGUAGGAACACUUUAGCGCAACUGCAAUUGGUCAAUAAAUUUGCUCCCAAUGAAGAAUCUCUCUCAAUAAAUCAAGUACAGCCAACGUCAAUAGCAGAACAUAUUUCUAGGCCAGUUGAUGAAUCAUUGUUAGCUCCCUUAACCAAUAUCGCCAAAGAUUCUUAUACUGAUUCUGACAAGGGGAUUAACAUAUCAAAUGUUCAGAUUGUUAACAGCAAAAUUUUUACAGAGUGUGAUGUUGUGAUCCAGGUUAUAGAUGCUAGGAACCCCGAGUUUUUCAGAUAUUCAGAACUGGAAGAACUGGCUAAAUCUAUGGAUAAAAGAAUGAUAAUUGUGCUGAAUAAGAGUGACUUAGUGCCAAAAAACGUGGCCUCGAGCUGGCUUGAAUACUAUCGUAAAUUCUGUCCUAGUGUACUUCUAAAAUCUGGAUCUGACUCUAAAAAUCCCCGUAUAUGUACUAAACAUAAGAGUUUUUUGGAUACGCCCAGGCACAUUGUACAACAAGCUUCUAGCCUUGUGGGCAUAAUGGAGUUGAGUAGUUUAUUGGCAAAUUACUCUAGAAGUGAGGAUGGUGAGAGGAAGAGAGUAAUUGUUUGCCUAGUUGGCUACCCAAAUGUCGGGAAAAGUAGUUUGGUUAAUGCCCUGGCCCCUGAAAACAAGGGGGGUCGUGGUAAUAUCACCAGUGAAACGGGUGCGUUACCUGGUAUAACGACAUCGAAUAAAUCAGUUCACAUUGAUAAAUACACGCAUUUAACUGAUACUCCAGGACAAAUAUUUCAUAAGAGAAAUGAUGUUGAAAAUGUAGUAAAUGGUGUUGUUUCCCUACAUGAAGCUGGUGACCUAAUUGAAUGUAUUAGUUAUGUUUUUUCAAGGCUGGAGGAUUAUAGACAAUUGUAUCGUUUUUUCAAUCUGACGUGCAUUGAUAAAACUUGUAAGCCAUCUGCCAGUGAACUGGCAGAUGAUUUUAUUUACAAAUAUGCCAUUGCUCUUGGGAAACUUAAGAAGGGUGGGAUUGCAGAUAAAGAAUGCGCUGCUAGGAUAUUUUUGCAAAAGUGGAUCGGUGGAAAAAUUUGCUACUACACGAUUCCAGGCAGCAAAUAUUUCCAACUGCAUACAAGUAGUAUGGAUUAG